GCUCAAGGCUCAAACCGCCCUGCCGCCCUGCAGCAUCUGGCUGGCCUUUCCCAGGAUGGGCCCGCUCCGUGGCGCAGUCCUGCUGGGACCUCUGCUCGCCGUCGGGGCGCCCGCGGCCCGUCCCGCUCCAGAGCCUGUGGAGGCGCUGGACGUGGCAGCGUUCUCUGGCCGGUGGUACCAGACGUACGGCAGCAUCCGAGGUACGCCACCGAAUUGGGUGCCAGUUGCGUGUACGUGGAGUACGAGGGCAACGUGCCGAACAGCAGCGCCCUCUCCGUGCGGAACUCGGUGAGCGUGCUCGGCUUUCGCGUCGACGUGACCGGCUAUGCAACGCCGAGCCCACACCGCGCCGGCGAGUUCGAGGUGGCGUUGGGGCCUCCCGGCCAUCCACCCGCACAGCCGCCUGCUUUCACGGCCGCCAACUUCGUCGUCGUCGCCUUGGGGCCAGUGGUGGACAGGCGGUACGACUUCGCCGUCAUCACGGACCCGACGCUGCUCUCCUUGUACGUGCUGGCGCGGGACGUGGGCCGCUUUCGCAGCAGAUACGAGGCCAGGGUCCUCAGCACGGUGACGGAGAUGGGCUUCAGCUCCAUCCUGAAUCGGCCAUUGAGGACGAAUCAGGUCGGCUGCCGCUAUCCACCCGCAUCCGGGGAGGAGCCCGUUCUGAUCGUGUAG